AUGGAUCAGUGUGAGGACAGGAAGGAGGCAGACCCUCCCUCAAAGGUCACUCUGGACUUGGAAUCGGCUCAGAGGUAGAAUAAAGAUCUCUCUUCUCUAUUUCAAAGAAAACUCUUUUCCUUCACAUUCACUCCUCUGUGUGUUUGUUGUUGUAGGUUGGAGAAGCAGCACAAACCGGAUCCUCUUGAACCUCGACCUGAUACUGAAUGUGUGUCCUUGAAGACAACCCGGUCCAUGACUCCACCCCCGGAUUUUAAGAAGUAAGUCUACAGACUCUCAGAGUGGAGUUUUAACAUAAACAGCCAUCCAGGCACCUCUGAAGCAGCAGACUGUGAGGCAACAUUAGGGAAAAGCCAAACAGAGUUCAUUUCAGUCUUUAAACUGUGCUCUGACUGCUAACAGGUGUUAUGUUUUUGACAAAGAAGGCUGAAGACCUGAUCACACCAAGAAAUCUGAGUCUAGCAAACAUUACAUUUGGAGAGUUAUUGUGAAUUCAUGUCAGACAAUCUUUUCAUUUCAUUUUUUUUUUUCGAACAUGUGCGUGCAACACCAAAAGUCUGAAAACAAACAUAACCAGUUUACAAAACAACAAUAAUAAUAAUCAAAGCAAAAAAGUAAAAAUUAAUGAAGCAUUAUGUUUUUUUUAAACCUAUCCCUUCUCCUCAGUCAGUCUGUAGCAAAAUUAGGUCCGUGUUUUGUUACAUGUUGCACUAAACUUUGCACAUCUGGUUUAAUAAAACCCUUUGUCAAGCUUAAACUUGUUCUUUAAUCAAUUUAUUUUUUAAACAGGAUGCAGCAGCUGAGAUCGGCAGACGCUCCAGAACCAAGUCUUGUGUCCAUGAAAAGUGACAAGUCUAAGCCUGAUGCUCUGAACUUUGGAAAUAGAGAGUAAGAAUAAAAUUAAUUAAAUAGUUGUAUAAAUACACAUAUAAAUACUCACCACCUUAGCUCGUGAGUCAAAAAAAUCCUUUCCUGCUCCAAAUCCUGUUCCAGCAGCUCCUGACAUUUGGCCUUUCUUUGACACUUAAACAUGAAUUUUCCUCCACAGAGUUCAGCAGGACAACCCAGAGGUCCCCAGAGAUCAGUGCACCCUGCAGCAGCCUGCAGACCUGGACUCUGUAUUUAUGGUGUGUACACAUGAUCAAAAUGACAGUAUCUAUAUCAGCAUAGCUAUCAUCAGAGUGGAAGGAACACUAAAAACAUGAACUCAAAUGUCAUGAACCAUUUAGCCAAGGUGCAUCACAGUUUGUGCCUCAGACUACGACACUGCCGGAGUUUUAUGAACGAGAGCGGCACAUUUUAGAGAAAAGAUCGGAGAAGAAGUGUGCAUGGACACACUUAGUAACAGUGUUGGUGUUAUCGAUCUGUUUCAGCUGCUGGAGGACAACAUCAUCACUUUUGUGAAGAAGGAGCUGAAAAGAGUCCAGAUGGUCCUGUCAUCAGAUCACCAACAGAGAAAGAGCGAGGAAGAGGAGGAGCUGGAGGAAGAGCAGAUGAGGGUCAGCAGAGAGGCAUUUGAGAAGAUUGUUCUGCACUUCCUGAGGAGACUGAAGCGGGAAGAUCUGGCUGACUGUCUGCAGAGCCGUGAGUGUUUCUAA